CUUUUAGAGCUUCUCUUUGGGUUAGGUUGGUGUUUUAAACAAAAGUAAUGAUAGCAGCUACUCUUUAAUGAUUUCCAACUUUUCUGAACAAUACGUUUUAAUCUUGUGAUAGUUUUUACACCUUUUCAAUCACUCUGUAACUGGUGGUAGUGCAAUAAAAGAAAAAAGGAAAGAAAAUAAUUUGGAAUAUAGACCAGAACACGCUUCAUCGUCAUCAUUAUCGUCACUGUCAACAUUUUUUUACAUCAUAUCAACACCAUUUUGAUCAUCUGUUGAAACCAAAGAAAACAAAAGGAUGAAACCAGCUCGUCGCACAAGUUCUGAAGUGAAUAGACUUCAGAGAAACAUUAACUAUCUGGAGAGACAACCUUUAUUACGACCAAUAAGCAAUAAUCAACCUAACAACAACUCAACUUUUAAUAGCAACAGUGUUAACUUGAGUAGAUCGGUUGAAAAAGGACUCCCUAGUGAUAAUAAAAUUUCUUCAGAGCUAAUUGUACCAACCAUAGGUCGAAAAGGUCAUCUCAGUGAAAGUUCUGAUUCCUGUGAUAAUGUGACUUUACCUUUAAAUCAUUCUCAAAAAUGGAUCCUACUUUGUUUGUGUUUAGUCGAUUUCUCGGCUUUUGCCUCUAUGUCCAUCAUCGCACCCUUCUUCCCAUACGAGCUGUAUCUCCGUGGUCAAACAACUUAUGUUGCUGGUCUCGUUUUCUCAAUCUAUUCAUUAACAGUGGUGAUAUCUUCAGUCUUUUUUGGCCCACUUUCAGCCCAUAUUGGGCCCAAAUUUAUGUUAUUAACGGGUAUUACUGUCGCCGGAAUAGCCAAUAUUAUCUUUGGUCUCCUAGAUUACAUUUCAAAUGAUACAACUUUCAUUGCGUUGUGUUUCAUAGUCCGGAUCGUUGAAGCGGUUGGUGCAGCUUCUUUUAACACUGCCAGCUUGGUUUAUGUAUUUGAGAUAUUUCCUGAUCAUGUCAGCUAUGCGUUUUCCAUGACAGAAACAUUUACCACUCUUGGAACCACAUUAGGUCCUGCAAUCGGUGGCUUACUGUACAGUUGGGGAGGCUAUGGUUUACCCUUCUACGUUCUUGGAACUUUUGCAUUCAUUACGAUACCUUUAUGUGUUUCAAAGUUACCAAGAAUUAGUAAAGCCCGACGAAAUAUGACAUCAAGUGCAAGCUAUUGGCAGCUAUUAAAGAUACCCAAAGUAGCAAUGAUUUGCUUGAUUGUAUUGGUCUUAGCUCAAAGUUUAAGCUUCCUGGAUCCAACUUUGGAGCCAUUUUACCGCUCAAUUGGUUUAGAUGUUAACUACGCUUCCCUUGCCUUUUUCAUCAUGUCAGGAACUGUUUGCAUUUUUCUGCCCUUCUUCAGCAAACUGGUUGAACGAGUAGAGAAUGAAUUUCUUUUCAUGUUCUUAGGUUUGACAAUAAAUGCUGCUGGCUUGAUUCUCCUGGGUCCAUCCGAUAUCCUUAAUUUAAGUCCAUCUCUAGGUUUAUCAUUAACUUCGCUGGUCGUAGUCGCAUUAGGUUACGCUCUUGCUUUUUUACCAACUUUUGAAAAUAUCCUAUCCAUUGCUAUUUCUCGUGGAAUGGAAGAUAAUUUAGCUACUUAUGGAACCGUUUCUGGUCUUUGGAGUACCAUGUUUGCCUUGGGGGAAGCAACGGGUCCUAUUCUUGGUGGUUCAUUAACUGAUGUUGUUACCUUUUCUAUGGUAUCUUCAUUUAUGGCUUUAUUUUCAGUUGUUAUGGCGAUUGCUGCUGGCAUUGCUAUGACAAUUCGUUCCAGUAAGAAAUUAUAAUCAACUAAUAACUGAGAAUCAUGAUUCUAUUUUCCAGAAUUUGUAAAUAGUAAUACCAAUGGACUGUAUGAUGAUUGUAUGAAAUCCUAUUUUUACAAAUUUAAUUAAUUUAUCGCCAUAAUUUUUCUCAAACCAACAUUUCAAUUAACAGUUUUUUUAUUCAAGAUACUGUAUAACUUGUGCCUAAAUCUAUUCCCAAUUGUUUUAAAUCUUUUUCUACCUAUGUUGUUGAUUAGUUAAAUGAAGUUGUGUUUUGUUUGUAGCUUAUUGCUAUUUCAAUGAAUUCAUAGACUAAAUUUACAUAGAAAAAAGGUUUAAAAAAUUUAUAAAUAAAUACAUUUUUUAAAA